GGACGCCGACGAGGGAUAAACGAAAAGCCGGAACACCACGCACCCGGGGAUCUUGUGAGCGUCGCGGGAGCAGAAGCCGCCGGGGUAUAGCUUCAUCGGAGACUAUGGAGGCGGGGGCGGGAGCGGGGGCGCAGCAUCAGGAGGGGGAAGAAGGGGAGGUGGCGUGCGAGUGCUGCGGGUUCACGGAGGAGUGCACGGCGAGGUACAUCGCCGGGGUGCGGGAGCGGUACGGGGGCAGGUGGAUCUGCGGGCUCUGCGGGGACGCCGUCGCCGAGGAGAUGGGCCGGGCGCCGACCAUCUCGCCCGCGGAGGCGCUCGACCGCCACGCCCGCGUCUGCGGCGGCGGCCGCGGGGCCCUCGCGCCGCCGCCGCCAGGCCCCGGGAGCGGGGACGACCUCAUCGCUGCGCUGCGCCUCCUCCUCCGCCGCAGGCUCGGGUCCCCACCGCGGCCGCCGCAGCAGAGGAGGAUGGUCGUCCGCUCCACGCCCAGUAGCCCGAUGCGCGACGGCGGCGCCGCUGCAACCGGCGGCGGCGGUGGCGGCGGCAUCGUCUCCUCCGCGGCCGGCGCAGGCGCCUCGCUUGCGCGCACGGAGAGUUGCUUCGCCGCGCUCGUGGAGUAAGAAGGCACAGAACGAAUUAAGCCGAGGAAAUCGAGGACCACCCAAAACGGUAGUAGUCUUUUUCCCGUAGAUUAGUUGCCUUUAGCUCCGGUCAUCUGUAAUGCAGAUCAUGGCCUUUGUGUUCGUUUCUAGUCUCUAGGAUGUACUCCAGUAAUCCAGACUAUGGAGCAGUAAUCAAGAGCAAUAAGACAUGUGUACAGCGUAGAGGGGAGGACCUAGCAUAUCAAUAUGGAAGUAAUUCCAUGUUCUACCGAGUAGUACCAGCCAGACCAAUGCACAGUUUUUUUUUUGGAACAAGCCAAUGUACAGUUUCUUUUUUCAUCCUACUGUUUUUUGUGUUCAUCUAGCUCUAUGUUCAUGCUUAACUUUUCGCCUUUUGUAUCAGAAAGGCUCUCCACCUGAACAAUGCAUGUACACAUCAUAAAAGGACUCCCUUCCAUUUGUAUUGAUCAGAACAGGAUGUACAGAUGAAA